GUAUACAUAAUUAUAUGCCUUGCAAGAUAUUUAUAGAAUCGUUGAAAAGACGCGCCCUAGUGCGUCUCCGAUCAUGUUGGCUUUUAACGUGUUCUAUCGGGUAUUUACUCUUAAUUUUGUAUUGACACGAUUGAUCUAAAAUGGGACUUGUGUGUUCCGUAAGAUUUUUCCUGGAAGUAAUUAGAUGGGACGGUUCUGAGAAUGAAACGUGGGGGAGAUUUCUUCAAUUCAAAUCAAUAUAAAGAAAAGGAGAAACACCAGAACCGUACAUCUAAGUGAUAUUAAAUGAUCAGCCUAAGGUGGAUUUGAAGUGAGAAGAAAAUUAGCUGAUCAACUUAUGGUGGACAUUGAAGAAGUGUGCCUGAAAUCGGUCGUGAAUGGACACCAUGACAAAUCAGUUAUAUCCAUUUUCUCGCAUGGACUUGUGUUUGAAUGUCUUUUCUGUGCUUUUAUUUUGCGUUGAUGUCUUUACGGACAUUUGGUUGGCCAAAAGCUAUUACGACGAUGGAAUGAUGUUAGAGUGCAUUUUGACGGCAUCUGUUGUUGUUGCUGCAUUCAUAGUAACUGGAAUUUUAAGUUCGAUCAGGCUUAGGGAUACAUCUUAUCCGACAACUCGUCCUCCCCGAAAUUUCAUUUUAUUGAUUUUGACGUUUCCAUUUGCUACCUUAGAGAGUAAUAUAACAUACAUAUACCAUGGCCUCAAAAGCAGAAUGAAGGACAAUGAGGAGGAAAGUACCUUCCAUCAUAGAGAAAUGAUCAACAACAAUAUGAAUGCGAGUCUACUAAGAAUGUUUGACGCCUUUAUUGAAUCCGCUCCCCAACUGCUUCUACAGAUCUACCUCAUUCUCAAAGAACAAGAGAAUCUCAAGGACUGUGAAGAUAUUUCGAUUCGUAGUCGUAAGUUUUUCCUUAGAUUUUAUGAAAGCUGAAAAUGACACCCCCACCCCUUAGUACCGUAAAUUCAAUAUUAACAACAUGAUAGCAACCUUAUAAGAUAACACAAUCAUUUCAGAAGUCAUUUAGUAAGCUGUCACUUAAACAGAAGAUCUUUUAAUGCCCCCGUAAUCGAAGAUUCAGGGAUAUAUACUUUUUGUCGUGUUCGUCCGUCUGUCUAGCUGUCUAUCUGUUUGUUUGCAAAAACAUUGACCAUAAAUUUUGAUU